AUGGUUAUGUUUUAAAUAGAAUCUUCAUAAGUAGUUAUUUAUGCAAAUAACCUGAAGAACCCUAAAAGGCGCCAAAUAAAAAAAUGGUACUUUUCAAAAGAGGCGCGGAAAAUAGGUUUUUAGGUAUUCAGUGAUAUGAGCAAUUUCGCACUCACCACAACACUGGGCAGAUCUAGGGAAGGGAGGGUGUUUAGCUGAAUUCCUCGACGAAAAAUUAUAUUGCGAAGGACUUUAAAAGUGGAGGAAACUUUGUUUUCCAGCAGAAGCUUUGUACCAAAGACAAUUUUGACUUUUCCUAGAAAAUUUGGAACUUGGGCAGCUUUGUUUUCAUUGAAGUCUAGCUUGGAUUUGAAGUUACGUUUUAAGCCUUCAAGACUUAUUCAUAUGGAGAAUAAAGAGAGCAUCAGCUCCAGAGGUGCUUUAAUUGUGUUAGAAGGGCUGGAUCGUUGUGGGAAGACAUCGCAAUCUGGCAGACUGUACAAGUAUUUGGAUGAGCAGGGACAUUCAGUUGAGUCGUGGAGAUUUCCUGACAGAAAUACAGGCGUUGGGCAAAUGAUUUCUUCUUAUCUUGCUAACAAAUCACAGUUGGAUGACCAUGCAAUCCAUCUUCUCUUCAGUGCAAAUCGUUGGGAGAAGAGAUCAUUAAUGGAGGAGAAGCUGAAGAGUGGAACUACUCUCAUCGUUGACCGCUAUUCUUAUUCUGGGGUGGCAUUUUCCUCUUCCAAGGGACUUGAUAUUGAAUGGUGUAAGGCUCCAGAAAUAGGGUUGUUAGCUCCAGAUCUGGUUGUAUAUCUCGACAUAUCACCAGAGAAAGCUGCUGAAAGAGGAGGUUAUGGAGAUGAAAGAUAUGAGCAGCUUGAGUUUCAGAAAAAGGUGGCUGGAUCUUAUUUGUCUCUUCGUGAUUCCUCGUGGAAGGUUAUUGAUGCAACCCUUUCGAUUGAAGAUGUAGAGAAGAAGCUCAGAGAAGUUGUACUUGACUGUAUGAUGACGUGCCACAAAGGGAAACCAUUGUCUCAGUUAUGGCCAUGUUAGGUCUAGUGAAUGUCUGCAUGAAUGAUAUGUAUACCUUCUUUAUUACACUGUAUUAUUUUGAUGUAUUUUGCUAUAUUUAAUCUUAUAAACGAUAUCCUUGGAAGUG